AUGAUUUCGAAUUACUUGUUGACGGAUUGUGAACACGAUGGAGAUAUGAUCGCUGAACUUUGUCAGAUGAUGCAAGAAUUGUUCCAAAAUAAUUACGAACAGUAUAUUGUUAGCAAAUUACAUGCAAGUUUUCUUCGCAUCGCUUCGAAUACUACUUUUUUUUUGUUUCAGGAACUACUUUUCCAUCUUCCACACUGUAUUUUGUUAUUUGGGAAUCCAGCAUUGGUUUCAACAUCUGGGUUCGAAACAUUGUAUCGAUAUUUGCUCUCCGAUUUCCACGCAUCGAUCACGAAAAAUUUCGUGCGAAUCGCGUCUUCGAGGUUUGUCAGCUUUGGUUUCAUUUUUCGAUAAAAAAACCGUUUUCAUUGUAGAUUUGUGGUCAACAUAUUCAUGAGAGAAGAAGUCAGAAUUAGAAGUGAAGCCGAUUGUUUAUCAGAUACAUUGAAAGGCUUAUUGAAGGAAAAACCGGCUUGGAAAAAUCGAACCAUCAACUCCUUCGAUGUGAUUGAUAGAAACAUUGUGGAUGGAAUUGAUGUUGUGAUCGGAAGUGAUGUUAAAUAUUUUUCGUCGAUAACUUUCACAUAUUCGACCCUAAAAUCGCACAAAUACAAUUCAAAAAAUGGAAGCUUCAGAAAUGGAAUUGUGUUUUACCAGAAGGAUGUAAUGAAAGUUGGAAGAUUUGUGCUAGCCGCCACCCAAUCCGACGAUCAUUAUAUAGUAGUCGAACCCUUGUCCGAAAAGCUACGAAGUCAGCAUUUUGAGAAUUUGAAAAAAGAAAUCGAUGAAAUAGCUGAUAUUGGAUUGAGACAAAAUGCGAGGAAAAUGUUGAAACAAUUGAAAGGAUAUCGAGGAAUUGUUGAAGGCAAGUGGUCCGGUGGUAGAGAUCUUGUUGAAGUUGAAGAAAUCUUAGGAAUAGGCUGCUAUUUUAAGAGCGAUGAAGAUAUAAUAUGCCUGCAACUCAAUGGCGUCCCAGUUCAUAAAUAA